UCUCUCCUUCACACACAUACACUCUCCCUCUCUCUCACACACACACACACACACACAUACGCACUCUCUCUCUCUCCUCCUCACACACAAACGCAUUCUCUCUCCUUCACACAUACACUCUCCCUCACACACACACACACACACACGCUCUCUCUGUCUCCCUCACACACAUACACUCUCUCUCUCACACACCCACACCCACACACACACACACAAACACACACACAUACGCACUCUCUCUCUCUCCCUCACACACAACAGGCAAUAGACUGCAUUUUACAGCUCAUACCCUUCACAGUGAGGGGAAGGCGCCAGGGCAUCAGGAAACUGGAAACUGCAACAGAACUCUGUCAUUGCCUUUUUAACUCGGCCAAGGCAUUUUUAUUCAACUGUUAGGUCUCCCAGUCAAUUGGACCUUGGCAAUAUGCUAACACAUCAUGGCCUUUUGACCUCGUUUUUAAGACAAAGACGUAAAAACUAUCUGGAAAGGUGCUGCACUACAUGAACCAAACAGGAAAACCAGUCGAUCCCACCAUAAGAGAAGGGAGAGAAAAAAGAACAACUUUUAACAGCAAAACAUGAAGGUGCAUAGAUUAGAUUGUGAUAUCUUUAGUUGCCAAUGAGUUUAUCAAACUAAGGGGUGUGGCAGCAUACGUUGCAAAUGAAGUGAACAACCUCAUCACGAGUUUUCAGGCAGAGGAUGAUAUACUCUUACUUUCUCAAUCGUGUGGAUCGUAAUUGUAACAAUGCCAUUUGAAUCAUUUACUUAAGCACAUUCCUCAGUAACAAGGAAAAUGACUUGGAUACAGUUCUUGAGCUUUCUAUUCUUUACUGAACUGUGUGGUUUGGCCAAUUCCACUUCUAAGUGUGACUUUCAUUCAGGUGUCUUGUUCUGUAGUGGGAAAUUCAUAACUGAAAUUCCAGCAAUUAUACCAUCAAAUACAACUCGUUUAACGUUUUUGACCACCAACAUUUCUAUAGUAAGAGCUGGAGACCUUCAGAAUUAUUCAGCUUCACUAACAAUGCUUGCAUUUAAUGAGAAUUGUAUACGUAAAAUAGAAAUUGGAGCUCUGGAUGGUCUCACUAACCUGACCCACCUUGAGAUAACAGGUAAUCCAUUGAAAAGAUUGAGCAAUGAAAUUUUUGACCACCUUCUGCUAAUGGAAAACCUCUACCUGUCUGAAAACAAGAUCAAUAUCCUGGAUAAUGGAUUAUUUGAUAAGCUUGCCAAUUUGGUUGAGCUGCGGUUGUUUGAUAAUGAAAUAGAAGUCCUUCCUGAUCAGAUAUUUGACAAACUUACACAGCUUAAAACACUGCAGUUGGCUAAAAAUCAGAUAAGCAAUCUUCCUUGGGGAAUAUUUGAUAAACUUUCCAAACUCAAAUCCCUCAAACUUUACCAAAAUCAGAUCACUGAUCUCCAGGAAGGUAUUUUUGAUAACCUUCCUGAAUUAGUGGAACUUUCUUUGGGAAAUAAUAAUGUGACACAUCUCCCACCUGGAAUCUUUUCCAAACUGCUUAACUUACAGAAACUAUAUUUGAACAACAACCAAAUCACAGAGCUUCCACCUGGUCUUUUACGUAAUUUGACUAAAAUAUCUAAAUUGAAACUCGAUUCUAACAUGCUCUCAAAUCUUCCUACUGGUUUAUUUGGAUUAACACCAAAUCUUAUUGAACUUUCACUGACUAAAAACAAACUAAUCACUAUUCCUGAUGAUAUGUUCAGUAAACUGCCUAAUUUGAAAACUCUGAUAUUGAGCGAGAACCAGAUUACUCAUCUUCCAAAGAAAGCUUUCAAUGGCCUUGAGAAAUUAACUCAACUUGACCUGAAAAAAAAUCAACUGGUUACCUUAGACAAAGACAUUUUUAAAAACUUACACAAUUUGAGAAAGCUUGACCUUAAUUUAAAUCAAUUAUCUAAUAUACCUCAUGGAAUAUUUGAUAAUUUGGGAAAUCUGGCUUCAUCUGGACUCAGCCUGUUGGGUAAUUCUUUGGUAUGUGACUGUCACUUAUUGUACUUUAGAAAUUGGUUGAAGUCUCAUGCAAAGAAAGUAAAAUCAUAUACUGCGAUGCAGUGUUUUAUGCCUGGUAGUUGUCUUGCAAGUAAUAUUCACUCUUUAAGGGAAGAAGAACUGAUCUGCUUACCUACAACAGAGAAAAGCACCACUGCAGAAAUUUCAACUUCUACCACAGCCAUGUUGACAUCUACUGAUAUUAGCACAAUUACUACGGAACUAACGACAGAACAGCUCAGCACCAGAGAAAUUUCAACUUCUAGUGUGACCACUCGGGUAUCUACCCCCAUUUCCACAAUAACAACAGGGUUCACAACAGAGCAAAGCAGUACUUUAGUGGCAUCAACUGCAUCCAUGACAACAUCAUCAGCCUCCACUAGCAUGACAACUGAAUUAUUAACAGAAGUAUUAACGACCACAGAGGUUCCAGUCCCAGCAGUGACUCCAUUAUUAUCAACGUCUUAUGCAACUACAUCAGAACAGACAACAACUCCAGAAAUUUCAACUUCUUCUGUUACUACUUAUGUAUCUACUCCAAUUUCCACAAUAACAACAGUGAUCACAACAGAACAGAGCAGCACUUUGGUGACAUCUACUUCAUCCAUGACGACAUCAACAGCUCUUAAUAUCAUCACAAGUGAAUCAACAACACAACUAUUAACUUCUGCAGAGAUUCCAACUCCAACUGUGACUCCAUUUCUAUUGACCCCCUUUACUACAACAACAGCAACAACAACAAAACUGACCACGACUCCAGAAAUUUCAACUACUGUCGAGACUACAUUAUUUUCUAGUCCCAGUAUUGCAAUAACAACGGAACAGAGCACUACUCCAGAAAUUAUAACUUCUGCUACAGCAAGUGUGAGUACAGCCACAACAAUGAUUUUUACUACUACCAGCAUAACAUCCAAGCUAUCGCCAUCUUUUCUGGUUCUUAUUCCUUGGUCAUCCACAGUACCCUGGAGCACAUCACUGGAGACUGAGAUUAAACAGGAAGUGGGUUCACCUACCAAUCCUACUGUGGAUACAACACACCAGUCCACAUUAGUUCCACAGGUAGAAACAUCUACCAUAUCAACCCCAACAACUCUUACUACAUACACUCCAGGAAGUCCAACUGGCAAUGAGUCAAUGCAGCCAAGAAAUACAUCAAAUUCACUUUUCAGUUUGACUCCCACCCAGGCAUUUGUUGGUAAAAGUGCAAUCCCACUGCCUUUUGCAAGAGAAACAAUGGUUUCCAAUGAAAGAGGAACAUGCAGGUUAAUAGCAUCAUUAUAUCUAACACUACUACUGUUUCAAAUAAUCUUCACAUCCAUUCUUCUGUGGUUUGUAUAUAACAUUUACAAUUCACUUUUCCAUGGAAUGACAAAUAGGAUUUCAAUUAGAUUAAUUAAGUUUCAAGAAAACAAUAAAUAAUUUAACGACAAAAA